AUGACUGUGGAGCUCGGCCCCGUGGCUGAGGUCAACCCGGCUCGAUCGCCCCCGUCUGAAUCUCUUGGCGACGUCAAGGUCGAGGCCGCCGUCACGGUUGACUCUGACCGCACGCCAGAUGACAGCGAUGAUGCCGCCUCAGCGCACAGCAGUCUGCGUCCCGCGCCUCUGAAAUGGAAGUUGGCGGCAAUUGUUCUCGUCACUGCUAUCGGAUUUGGGUCCCAGUGGAGUAGCGGAAUCACGGGCGCCAUGAAGACCACCAUCAAAAAGGAACUGAACAUUGAUAACACCCAGUUUGCCCUGCUGGAAGCAAGCGAGGAUUUCAUGGUCACGGCGCUGAUGCUGGUUAGUGGCAUUGUCACGGACCGUAUCGGUGUAGGGGCCAUGUUGUACGGCAACGCGAUUUACUCGAUUGGAUCAAUUCUUGUGGCUGCAGCGGCGCAAACUCGUUCCUACAAAUUCAUGGUCGGUGGCCGCGUUGUGCGAGCCCUCGGAGACAUCGCCACUCAAGUCGCGCAAUACAAGGUCUUUUCAUCUUGGUUUGCCCCGGGCAACGGAUUCGCCUCAACUCUAGGUUUCGAGCUGGGCAUCGGCAAGAUUGGCGCCUUUGCAGGAAAGUCGUCGGCAAAUAUCAUUGCCGCGCGGACCGGAGAUUUUGCCUGGGUAUUUUGGGUUGCCGUGUUCAUGAACAUUUUUACCAAUGUCAUGACUGGUGUCUUUUACUGGUUUACCAAGAUCGCCAACAGAAAGUUCCACGGCGUCAAGGACCCCUCGACUGGCCAGAUUCUGAAAGAAAAGUCGAAAAAGUUUGAAAUCAGAAAGGUUCUCGAGCUUCCAUGGGCUUUUUGGUGUAUUCAGGCAUUCUCGCUUUUCGAGACGAGCACAGCCAUUGUGUACCUCCAAAAUGCAACAGAGAUUGCAGAACAAAGGUUCAACGUCGGCUCCAUCACCGCGGGCUGGUACAGUGCUACAUCUCAAUAUGCUGGAUUUUUCAUCGUCCCGCUUCUUGGCGCCUUUCUCGACUUGUUUGGCCAGCGUAUAUCAGUUUUGCUCUUUUGCGGUGUCGGCAUGUUCACUUCGAUGCUGGUGCUGUGCUUUGGCAGUAACGUGACUGGUGCGGCUGCUUCAUUGGGCGUGUUUGCCUUUGCAUACUGUUUUGGUCCCACCACCAUCAUCGAUAGCAUCCGAACAUCGAUUUGGGAUCCGUCGGUGUUUGGGUCGGCAUACGCCUUGAAGAUUACCAUGAACAAUGCUAUGAAUAUCGUCGUCCGAGUCAUCACUGGCGUGAUACAAGAUCGGGAUAACAACUCGUAUGAUAACGUUGUCAUUGUGUACGCCAUCCUCGCUGGUAUCUCGGUUGUUGUAUCAAUCAUCCUGGCCAUCACGGCUCGACUGAAUGUGGACCUGGGCCACCUCCAAUGGACUCGCAAACAGCGGAUGGCACGGACUGCCAUCCUCCAGGAGCGAAGAAGGCGAUUUGCCGAGGAAAACGGGCCAAGAAACAGAAAAAUAUCCAUGGCUUGCUUUGUGGCUUGUCUUUUUCUCAUUCUAGGAAGCUGGUGUGGGUAUUUCUGGGGAGUUGCAACGGGGAAUAACGAGUGA